AUCCAGACCAGUGAUGGAAGAAAGACCUAUGUGCCUGAAGCAGACCAAAGAGAUUUCCCAAUACCCACGGAGUGGGCUGGAAAGACGGAAGAACAGCUGGAAAUAAAGGUAAGAGCCAAGGUGGGGGAAUGGGCUAACAUAAUAAUGAUGCCGUCUUAUCCCACUCUAGCUGCACAUAAAAGGUUGACAGCUAAUUUCAGACAAGCAUAUGUGGCUAUUGCCCACGAUGUCAUGCUGAAAAAGAUGAAGAAAGCAGCAAAUAAGUUUGUGAAAAACAUGGCACGAGAAGAGGAAGACRGGAUGCUCUCAGAUGAACCAGCACAGCCCGUAAGUGCCCUAGGUCAAAGGGGCCCAGCAGGAGUGCUGGAAUGGAAAUCUAUUAAAGAAGUGGAUACCAACGCAGAUGAGUUUCGUGAGUAUAAAAAAAUAAAGACUCUGUUGAGAGAGCCAAAUGCUGGUGAAGGGAGAGAGAGCUAUCUGAAAGACGUUUGGCCCCUAGUGGUGAACUCCACUACAUGUGAGGCBGCAAAACGCCUGUGGCUGAGUCACAUUACAGGCCAUCCCAUCGAUAAAAAAGAUUCAGCCCAAGACUACUAUGAGAAAUUUGUGCCUGAAGAUGAAAAUGRUGAAGAUGCUCACAUUGAUAGAGCUUGGUUCAGGCUGGAACAAGGACAAAAAUUAACCCCCAUCUGGCAUCAACUGAAACAGAACAUUGCUCCCACCAGGUAUGUGAAGGCCCUAAGGAUGGUGACAAAGGGGCGAAGAGGUGAUAUCACCUUUGCCACCAUGCCCAUUCAAACUACCACUGUGGCACAAAUGGAUGCAGCAGUGAGGAAAUAUGACCUGGAAAUGCUGUACUGGGADGAAAAAAGAAGAAAAGAAUCGACCCAGAAACCGCCCAAUGUCCCUACCAAAGCGGCCCUGAAGGAACCAAGCAACCCCCAGGUUAAAUUUCAGCAGCCUGCCCCUCAGCAGAGGGACAAAGGCUCAAGUCAGCAGUACCAGCCCAGCAACCAGAGACAGCAGUACAGGCCCUCGCCGCAACGGCAGCAAGGAUCUGGAAGAGGAAGUCCGGCAGCUCAGCCGAACCAAAGCCCAAGAAGAACCCCAUACUUGCCCCCAGAAGAAUACAACAAAUUGACCCCUGAACAAAAAGAUGCCCUCCGUCAGGCCAGGGAACAGGUGGCCGGAGGGCCGCCAAAAUGACGGACUCAGGGUCCCGGGUCGCCCUAGAAAACACCUUUUGGGUAGGAGAUCACAUCUACACAAAAGUAGAUGGGAUCCUCUAUGAGGUGGAUACAGGGGCUGAGGUAUCCAUGACCCGGAGAGACCUAGAGACUGAAGGAUACCUAUAUGUUCGAGUGGCUAGUGGGGCAAUAGAAGAAAUGCCAUAUGGAAUUUGGAAAAAUGUGAGAUGGAUAAAAGGACCUUAUGACUUGGUAACAGUCAAAGACUUGAAAAUCCUACAUGGCCCUGAAGAGGCUGUGAAAACAAACAGAAAGAAAUUGGGUGUUCUAAAAACAGAAACAAUGAAAAGUCCCUCGAACACCCCAGCAUGGUAUAAACCAGUGGAUAUCCCUGAAGUGAUGAAGCAAAAACUGGAAGAAAGUGACUUUUCCUCAGAAGGGAAAAUUAAAUUGAAACAAA